AGAGGUGGAGCCGACGCUCCGGAGGUGGACCGUGAGUCGCUGGAGCAACAGGUGCUUUGCUUUUUGGACAGCAAGGGCAUAUCUGUUGACAGCGGAGAUAUUGAGGCCUGUCAUGCCCUGCGGAGCAAGAACUCAACAGCCACCCCAGCAAUAAUAAUCCGGUUCAUCAACAGGAAAAAGAAAUAUGCACUCCUCAGACAAGGAAGGAAACUGAAGGGGACCAAUGUUUACAUCAACGAACACCUUACGAAGAAGAACGCGGACAUCGCAAGGAGAGCACGUAUACUGAAGAAACAAAACAAGAUUCAAGCAACAUGGUCGACAAAUUGUAAAAUGUUCAUCAAACUAAACGGAUCAACAGCAGAGAUGGCGAAAGUGAUCAUUAUCAGGGACAUCACCGAGUUGGAUCAGUUUGAUGAAUGAAACAUCAAAAUCAACAUAAGCACAUUGCAAAGAAGGCAGACAGGAAGCAGAGCCCUGAGGAGAUGCUGGCCGCUCUGGCUGAAGAAGAUAGCCAGUCAGACUCUCCGGUCGACUCGGAGUCGGACGACGAGGACCUCCUGCAGCCGGAGAGACGCCGGGACUCACAUCAUGAUGUUCCACCAUCGGAAAGUGAUGAAGAAUACGAGUCUAAAAUGGCUUCUGCUCCCCCCUCACAUCCUCAGCCAUCAUCUUCCUCAUCUGGAUCUGAAUCACCCAAAGACACGCAGUCCAAAGGAAAAGCCUCAUCAAACCCCAUGAAGCGUGUCUGCAGGUCUCCCCGAGGUGGGUCUCCCCGAGGUGGGUCUCCCCGAGGUGGGUCUCCCCGAGGUGGGUCUCCCCGAGGUGGGUCUCCAGCCCUCAGAUGCAUGCCCAUGUAUUAUGGGGAAGAUGGCACCCAGUCCAGGAGGUACUGCAGGAGGUGCAGAGAUGCUGGCUCCAAGAGGGUGAAGACACCGGUCUACUGCAGCAAGUGCCAGGUCCCUCUGUGCCUCACUGCCAACAAGAACUGUUUUACGGAGUGGCACCUAAACCCUCACAUUCAGGAUGUAUGAAGUUCUGCCAGUGUGUUGUUUUCACCUACCUCUAAAGUAGAGUGUGGAUUUCUUGUAUAUUGUGUUUAAUGUUUGAAAUAAAUCUGCUCCAGUUGGAGUCAAACUGUG